UUUUCACUGGCUGUGACUUUUAAAUCAUCAAAAAAGCAGCUUUUUUCAUUUUUCAGCUGAUUUCAUCCUAUGGAAAAUGAAAGUAUAAAAAUGUUUGUAUCAUUAGUUUUGAUUCAAAUCAAAUUGAAUAGGUUUAUAAGAUUGUAUUGGACUCCUGAUCGACGACUUCAAUACAAAUACGAAGAUAUCAACAAAUAUGGCUAUUUCACUGAAAACAGUGUUUCUCCUGUCGAUCUUAGUUAUCAACCUACAACAAUUGGAAUCAGCUAAAUUACAUAUUCGCAAUGAACCUGUUUCACCAUGUUGUCAGCCAUCUUUUCUAAUGAACCUGUUUUCAUAUUCACCUUGUGCUUGCCCUCCACCUCCAACUGCCUUACCUCCUCCGGUAAAAAAAGAGCCAGUCAAAGUUGAACACACUACACCCAAUUAUCCUGUAUCGACAGUACCACCUAAAGAAUACCAUGUGAGUCCGUGUGGACCUCCUCAGUGUUAUGUAGAUCCAGCUAAACAAACUGCCGAACUUGCAAAGAUUUUUAAUGAAGGAAGUUCUAAAAUUCUUAAAUAUACUUCCACUGCCACUGGUCCUAUUAUCUAUGCUGCUGAAGCAAUAAACUCUGGAGCUGAUUUGAUACCAAUGGCGUUCGCAGCUAGUGGUGAUUUCUUGGGUAAAGCUAUUUCUGGUCCAAUUAAAUUAUUCAGUAAACUUGGAUUUGGAUUUCUUACUGGUGCUAUUAGUCAAAUUAUUUCAAUUCCUAUUACAUUUGGUACAUCUGUUCAAGCAUCCGUUAUUAAUGUGCAACCUUACUUGGAAAGAAUUAUGUCAAUCGGAAGUAAUUGUUGUCCCCAAACGACACAAGCCCCACUUUUCUCGUCUGGAAUUGAACAAAUCGCUCUUAAACCUAUUGGUAUUCUUGCUGGAGCUUCUCAUAUUGCCUUAGGAAAAAUGCUGAACAUUGGCGGUACUACAUUUAAACUUAUUGGUACUAUGACUAGAUUUGGAGGUGAACUGGCAGAGACAGCUGGAUAUGGUAUGAAAAAUAACGGCGCUAUUAAAGUUGCUGAUGGAGUGAAUAGCAUUGCAAGUUUCUUGAAAAAAUUGGAAACACCUUCAUCAGUUAUUUGUGUCGUUGGUGAUGAUAAAGUUGGAUUCUAUGAGCCAAUUGACGAAAAGAAAAAGGAAAAGGACGAAAAGACUGGAAAAGAAAAACCAAUCACAGUGACAGAAUCUUAUAAACCUACAACUUCAGCUUAUGUUCCAACAACAACUGCUAAAUAUAUCGUUCCUGUUACUACUCCAUAUUCAACUACAACGACUACUGUUAAAUAUAUUCCUCCUGUGACUACACCAUAUGCAACGACAACGACUGCUGUUAAAUACACCACAGCAUAUGUCCCUCCAAAGAUUGAGAAACCAACAACGACAACGAUGGUUCCAUUUUUCCCUGAUGCCUAUGAUUCUAGUGUAAAUAUUCCAGACGUACCAGAAGGUAGUUCCUUAUCUGAUGGUUAUCAUCCAAACCCUGAAGAGGAGGAAAAGGAUGAUGACUAAAUCAAAUUUUUGUUUAAUUAAUCAAUGUUGUUAUUUUAUAAAUUGACAAGGUUUCAUUGUUAUUGACCUGUUGUAAAUAAGUUUCAUACUUUUAAACGAUCGUAAAAAUAUUGUUCCAUUUAUCAAGAAUAUACUUUUAAUAUGACUUAUAAAUAAAUAUCUUGUUCACAAUUAUAAA